UCCGCCCACAACCUGGGCGUCAGUUCAUUCUGUCGCGAUCCCUUCAUCCGCACAAAACAAAACAUUACUCGUUGACUACAGUACUCAUGUCAGUCAUCUAGUUCUAAUAAAAUGAUUUAUAUUUUUGUGUAUCGUAGGUUACUAUAAAAAUGCAUUCCGGGACUUUGGAAAGAAUCGGGUCGCCGAUAAAAAGGACGCUUUCUCGGGGAGUGAGUGAGGACGAGUCACUUCGUAACAUUAUCAAAGAGACGGAGAGUUCGGCCAGGCGUCUGACACGCAGUGAGAGCAGAGGGGGGACCCUCAAGAGGAGAAGUGGGAGUCAGCAGUCUGAGGAUCAGGAACUAAUGAUGGAACUCCCUGAGAUGCUUGAUCUGCAGGCGAGCUACGACGAUGUGUUGCGAGAGCUCCGUGGGCUGGAGCUGCAGCGGGAGACUGUGUUGUUCCAGGUGGACGUUCUGCAUGACGCCCUGGAGGGGGCUGAGGAGAUGCUGGCCGAGGCUCAGAGAGAGGCCAGCCAUGCCACCAUGGAGUUGGAGCAAGAGAGAGAAGCCAAGAGGAAGUUGGAGGACAUGGUCAGCUCUCUGAUGCAGGAGGUGGAGAGGCUAAAAGAGGAGAGGAAGACCAUUCCAGCAGUACCAGUGUACACACUCGUCAAGGAGCAGGAGAUGGAGGAGGAGAUGGCUAGACAACAAGCACAAGAGAUGAAAAUAAAAAAAGAAGCACAGGAACAAGUCAGUGAUACACCAGGGGAUGAGGACAAUUCUACCAAAGAUGCGCCUCUCUCUAUUAUCCGAUUGGACAGUGAGAGCCCCGGGCCCAACAACGGACUAACAUUGGAGACCAGCGCUGGAGGGCUGCUCGCCGCCUCCUUCAAAAAGGAGAGGGAGGAGCCGCCCUCUGACAGUCCAAACCGGCCCCUUUCUCUCCUCGUCGCCCGGCUGUGGUCCUCUGUGGACUCUGAGGACAUAGAAGAAGGGACAGAGGACAGCUUCACCAAGUUCACUAAGAUGGUCAACAAGACCUUGGGACCGUUGAUGCUGGGUAGCCAGACCCCAGGGAACAGUCAGGAGGAGAACAGGCGUGACAUCUUUCCAGAUAGGAACAACGACACCGACAGCAUCAGCGCCUACGAGGAUGCCUGCGCUGACACGCCCGAGCUGGAUGAGGGAGACGGGCCACGGCUACCCCAUGAUGAAGGAUCCCCGGUGGAUGAUGAUGAGGGAGACGGGCCAAGGCUGCCCCAUGAUGAAGGAUCCCCGGUGGAUGAUGAUGAGGGAGACGGGCCAAGGCUGCCCCAUGAUGAAGGAUCCCCGGUGGAUGAUGAUGAGGGAGACGGGCCAAGGCUGCCCCAUGAUGAAGGAUCCCCGGUGGAUGAUGAUGAGGGAGACGGGCCAAGGCUGCCCCAUGAUGAAGGAUCCCCGGUGGAUGAUGAUGAGGGAGAACCGUCGAAUGGCAACGAUCCCAAGAACCCCAAAAACACCAAUGAUUCUUGCAUUCUGUCGUAAGAGCUGCAGAACUGUUGUGGUACGAAAGGUCAAAUGUGCUCUCACUCUGUCUGCCCUCUUGAUAAUAUAAUAUAUGCAAUUUAGCUUUUAUUCAAAGAAACUUAGUCAUGCGUGCAUACCUUUUUUUACAUCUUGAAAAAGGGUUAAAAAAAAUCUGUUCUUGGAUCAGUGCGCUCAUUGACACCUAUUUUUUAAUAUAUAUAUAUAUAUAUAUUUUUUUUUUUAAAUGUACCUUUAUUUAUACAGGUUUUUCUCAUUGAGAUAACAUCUCUUUUCCAAGAGAGACCUGGUCCAAUAACAGCGGGGGAACAACGUUUCAGCCAAAACAACUUACUAACACAACAUUAAACAAAACUGUAAACACACAUACAGUACAACAAAAACAUUUUACAUUAAAAACACGAAGGUCUUGACUAAAAACAGCUGGCCUAAAGACAAUUACACUCCUCUAUGAUAUAUACAUCAAUCAAGUGUUUAUAAAAGGGUAAUGUCAACAUUGAGAGUUGUUUUAGCGCAAUCCGGCACGGUGGAAUUCCAGUAAUGUCUACAGAUGUCUCUUUAGUCAAUCUUUCUCCAUCGGCAUGACUUGCAAGGUCGCACUUAAGUGUUUAGUUUUCCUGCCGUUUGGAACAAAAGGCAAAUUACCUCCCUCGGUUUAUUAGUGACUGAUGAUCACUUAAGACUGUUUGCGUACACUGAACUAUCAGAUGUUUCAGGACACACCACAGACCUCUAGCAUUCUAAACAGUCAAAUUAUGUGAUUUAUAGACCACAUACUGAUAGUGCUGAGCGAUUAACAAAAAUGUUUAAGGUUCAAUUAUUUGAAUUCCAUUUCAUUCUGUUUUUUUUCUUCCUAUGAGCUCAAUGCGCAGUUUCUCUAGAGAUAAAUCCGAUCAAGCUGAACUGUGCGAUGUAGUAGGGAGUUGUAGUUUCCAACAGGCCAAUAUACUACUUAGUUUUGCGCAGAACAUGUGAUUGAGAGUGAUAGAGAUACCUCGCGAAACAACUGCUCUAUCUGAAAAUACGUGAUCUUAGCGAUUGAUAGUUUGUAUUCAGCAGUCAUAAAAAUAUGCCUUAUUUACUUUGAAGAACUACUAAAAUAGUGAUUUUGUCAGACUGCAUAUACAGCAGCUCUAUAGAGAUGAGAUGAUGACAUGGAAUUAAAUAAUAAUAAUCUUGUAAAAUACACAACUGAAAUAUUUUAUGAAAGUCAUGUGAAUAAAUUAUGGAUAAGCAGUAAUGGGCAGUCACUACCAUGGGACUUUAUUCAUAGUUUUUUUCUGUGUUACAGAAUUCAACACACACAGUGCAUUUAAUGUCUAAAGAAAUUAUCUAAACCAAAAUCGAAAACCGUGAUUAUUUUUUAAAUAAUUGAACCAAAACCAAACCGACCUCAAAAAGCACUAAUUGCUCAGCUCUACAUACUUUAGAGUUGUAAAACGAUUAUAGCUGUUUUUGUGCUCUUAUAAGAUGAGAUGCUGGCAAGAUUGUAAUAACAAUAGCAGGCAGCCAAGGAGCUAGCUACUAUACUACAGGGAAUGUUUUUAGGGAAUUUAUGGGUGUUAAACCAUCAUUGUCUCACGUCGACAGUUAUUUUAUCUAAGAAGUACUUGGUGCUUUUCCUGCCUCACCUUAAGGCAUUUUAUAAAUAUGAAAGAUUUAAUAGGAAUUUACUGAAUCUAAUCUAGCUUUAGUUAUUAUCAGACAUCCAUCAUUUGAAGUUAGUAUGAUACUAGCAUGAUUGACAAAGGGAACAAUCCAUUUAAUUGUAAAACUUUAAUGAUUUCUGAUAAUAUUUUCUACUGACACAUACAGUAACAGUACUGUAUGCUACUCAGUGCUUUUAAGGUCAUGCUUGCGUGGUUGCAGUGAAACUACUGAAUUGGGAGAAACUUGUUAUCUUUUUGUAUCUGACAUUGCUGGACAAUAUAUCCUUUGUUUUUAUAAUUUUUCUACCGCUAACCAUUAACACAAGACCUGAUGAUAAUCUUUUGACUUGGAGUUGCUACCUAUACAUUUUCUUAUGGCUAAGUUUCCAUGGCUACCUAGGAGUCUUUUUUUUACUGCGUGUGUAAUAUGAAUGUGAACUUGGGUGCAAAUCUUACACUGCCUUCAACACUAGGUUUUGUGUAUUGUUGGGGCUUUGUGUGUAUCUCAAGUCAGAAUGUAGCUCUUAGUGGAAGGGAUGUGAAGUUAGGAAUAAGAUUUAAUUAUGUUACUUUCUAACUUUGAUACUUGUGAUUUACAUGUUUACUACUUCUAUUCUGUUUCUGUUGCCUGAAUUUCUGUUUCUGCUGGAGAUAUACUGAACAAAAAUAUAAUUGCAACAUGCAACAAUUUCAAAGAUUUUCCUGAGUUACAGUUCAUAUAAGGAAAUCAGUCAAUUGAAAUACAUUCAUUAAGCCCUAAUUUAUGGAUUUCACAUGACUGUGCAAGGGUGCAGCCAUGGGUGGGCAUAGGCCAACCUACUUGGCAGCCAGGCCCAGCCAAUCAGAAUGAGUUUUUCCCCAUAAAAGGGCUUUAUUACAGAUAGAAAUACUCCGUAUCUGAUGUGGAGGUCCUGGUCCUAGUGUGGUUACAUGUGGUAUGCGGUUGUGAGGCCUGUUGGAUGUAAUGCCAAAUUCUCUACAACAACAUUAGAGGCAGCUUAUGGUAGAGAAAUGUUAAUGAUAUUCUCUGGCAACAGCUCUGGUGGACACUCAUGCAGUCUGCAUGCCAAUUGCACCCUCCCUCAAAACGAGACAUAUAUGGCAUUGUGUUGUGUGAUAAAACUGCACAUUUUAGAGUGGCCUUUUAUUGUCCCCAGCACAAAUCAGCGUAUUGAUAUGCCACACUUGUCAAGUGGAUGGAUUAUAUUGGCAAAGGAGAAAUGCUCACUAACUGGGAUAUAAAGACAUUUGUGAGAAAUAAGCUUUUUGUCCGUAUGGAACAUUUCUGUGAUUUAAAAAAAAAAUCAUCUCAUGAAACAUGGAACCAACACUUUACAUGCUGUGUUUAUAUUAUUGUUCAAUAUGUACUUAAGGUUUCUAAACAACCAAUACAGUACCUGUUAUGUUGAUGAACGGUUGAGUCUUAUAUCUCUAAAGCAACUUGAUGUCACAAUUUAUCUUGAGGAACAAUUUAAGUAUUUUCUGAAAAACUACUGAUGUACAGUUGAAAUCAGAAGUUUACAUAGACCUUAGCCAAAUACGUUUAAACUCCGUUUUUCACAAUUCCUGAGAUUUAAUCCUUGUAAAAAUUCUGUGUCUUAGGUCAGUUAGGAUCACCACUUUAUUUUUAGAAUGUGAAAUGCCAGAAUAAUAGUAGAGAAUGAUUUAUUUCAGCUUUUAAUUAUUUCAUCAUAUUCCCAGUGGGUCAGAAGUUUACAUACACUCAAUUAGUAUUUGGUAGCAUUGCCUAUAAAUUGUUUAACUUGGGUCAAAUGUUUCGGGUAGCCUUCCACAACCUUCCUACAAUAAGUUGGGUGAAUUUUGCCCCAUUCCUCUUGACAGAGCUGGUGUAACUGAGUCAGGUUUGUAGGCCUCCUUGCUCCCACACACUUUUUCAGUUCUGCCCACAAAAUUUCUAUAGGAUUGAGGUCAGGACUUUGUGAUAGCCACUCCAAUACCUUGACUUUGUUGUCUUUAAGCCAUUUUGCCACAACUUUGGAAGUAUGCUUGGGGUCACUGUCCAUUUGGAAGACCCAUUUGCGACCAAGCUUUCACUUCCUGACUGUUGUCUCGAGAUGUUGCUUCAAUAUAUCCACAUCAUUUUCCUGGCUCAUGAUGCCAUCUAUUUUGUGAAGUGCACCAGUCCCUCCUGCAGCAAAGCACCAUCACAACAUGAUUCUGCCACCCCCGUGCUUUACGGUUAGAAUGAUGUUCUGCAAGCCUCCGCCUUUUUCCUCCAAACAUAACGAUGGUCAUUAUGGCCAAACAGUUUUAUUUUUGUUUCAUCAGACCAGAGGACAUCUCUCCAAAAAGUGCGAUCUUUGUCCCCAUGUGCAGUUGCAAACCGUAGUCUGGCUUUUUAUGGCAGUUUUGGAGUAGUGGCUUCUUCCUUGCUGAGCGGCCUUUCAGGUUAUGUCGAUAUAGGACUCGUUUUACUGUGGAUAUAGAUACUUUUGUACCGGUUUCCUCCAGCAUCUUCACAAGGUCCUUUGCUGUUGUUCUGGGAUUGAUUUGCACAUUUCGCACCAAAGUACGUUCAUCUCAAGGAGACAGAACGCGUCUCCUUCACGAGCGGUGUGACGGCUGCGUAGUCCCAUGGUGUUUAUACUUGCGUACUAUUGUUUGUACAGAUGAACGUGGUACCUUCAGGCAUUUGGAAAUUCCUCCCAAGAAUGAACCAGACUUGUGGAGGUCUAUAAUGUUUUUUCUGAGGUUUUGGCUGAUUUCUUUUGAUUUUCCCAUGAUGUCAAGCAAAGAGGCACUGAGUUUGAAGGUAGGCCUUGAAAUACAUCCACAGGUACACCUCCAAUUGACUCAAAUGAUGUCAAUUAGCCUAUCAGAAGCUUCUAAAGCCAUGACAUAAUUUUCUGGCAUUUUUAAGCUGUUUAAAGGCACAGUCAACUUAGAGUAUGUAAACUUCUGACCCACUGGAAUUGUGAUACAGUGAAGUAUAAGUGAAAUAAUCUGUCUGUAAACAAUUGCUGGAAAAAUGACUUGUGUCGUGCACAAAGUAGAUGUUCUAACCGACUUGCCAAAACUAUAGACAUUUGUGGAGUGGUUGAAAAACGAGUUUUAAUGACUCCAACCUAAGUGUAUGUAAACUUCCGACUUCAACUGUUUCUUUUUUUCUUUUUUUAAAUAAAUUUGUACCCCCCUUUUUUCUCCCCAA